AGCCACGUCACUUCCUGGAUGUAUGUGAGAGCAAAAUGACAGCUGGUUUGUUUUCAUCAACAAGGGGAAUUAAAAGUGGACAUCAGAGUGUCAUGUGGUGAACAGCCUCCCAGUCCUCCCAGUGCUGGUCUGUUCAGAGCAACUGGCCGAAGAGGGACCAGCAUUUCUUCUGGAGACAUCAGCCAACCAACCAGCCACUCUGGAGCCGUCAGAACAAAAGGAGACUGUUGAUAGCAGUCCAGUCGACGUGUCUUCAGCUGAUCGGGGGGCUCUCCGUCUGGACGGAGCCAUGGGGCCUCCGGAGGGCUCGUACGGCCGUUCCUUUGUGGAGGUUCUGAGUGAGAAGUACAGUCCGGAGAACUUCCCGCUCCGCAGAGGGCCCGGUAUGGGGGUGGUGGUGGUGCCCACCGUUGGUCCUCAAGGCUCCCCUAUGAAAGACCGGCUGAACAUGCCCACCAUUCUGGUUCUGAACAGCUGUGGGAUCAGCAGAGCCGGAGACCAGCCGGAGAUCGCUGCGUUCUGCGCCCACGUCAUCGAGCUGGACCUGUCUCACAACCAGCUGCAGGACUGGAGAGAGAUCAGUAAGAUCGUGUCCAACAUCCCGAACCUGGAGUUCCUGAACCUGAGCUCCAACCCUCUGGGAGGACGGAGUCUGGAGCCGCGAUGUGCCGGAGGCUUCUCUCGGGUCCGACGCCUCGUCCUCAACAACACCCAGGUGUCCUGGGACACCGUGCUGCUGCUCACCAGAGAGAUUACCGAGCUGGAGGAGUUGUUCCUGUGCCUUAACGAGUACAGCAGUGUGAACGUCUCCAGCGUGGCGUGCCCCACCGUGCGCCUGCUCCACAUCACCGACAACAGCCUCCAGGACUGGGCCGAGGUCCGCAAGAUCGGCCCGUUGUUCCCGGGCCUGCACACGCUGGUCAUGGCCAACAACAACCUGUCCUCCAUCCAGGACAACAAGGACAUCCUGCACCGGCUCUUCCCCAACCUACGCAGCAUCAACCUGCACAACUCAGGUCUCAACCGAUGGGAGGACAUCGAGAAACUCAACUUCUUCCCAAAGCUGGAGGAGGUGCGGCUGCAGGGAAUUCCUUUACUGCAGACCUACACCAACGCAGAGCGACGCAGCCUCAUGAUAGCACAGCUUCCUGCCAUAUCAAUGCUAAACGGCAGUGUUGUGACCGAUUGUGAGAGAGAGGACGCAGAGAGGUUCUUCAUCCGUCACUACGUGGACUACCCCGAGGAGGAGCUGCCCUACAAAUACCAUUCUCUGGUAACCAAGUACGGGAAGCUGGAGCCCCUCGCUGAGAUUGACCUCCGACCUCGUUACCGUGCCCUGGUGGAGGUUCACUGUGAGGACAAAGUGGAACAGCUGAGCAUCCGCUUGGACCAGACCGUAGCGGAGCUGAAGAAGCAGUUGACCACGGUGGUCCAGCUGUCCACCAACAGCAUGAGGAUCUACUACAUCGAUAAGUGCAGCGCCUUCGGUCCGGAGGAAAUGAAGUACAACACCCGGGCCGUCCACUCCUACAGCAUCCAGGACGGAGACGAAAUACUGGUGGUGCCCAAGACCAAGUGACCCGCUUGCGUCCGACUGGAUAAUUAGAGUGACUCCAUUGAUUUGAUUAAUUGGAUUAUUUGUUGAUUGGUUAAGUGACACCACAAGAUAAUUGGAAAAUGAAGCAGCAUCAGCGGCCCACAAGAAAAACGAUGUCAACACCAUCAUGGAGGCGGCAUGGUGGACUUUAGUGGGCUGCUGGGAGGCUGGAAAUGCAGCCAUUGUUCCUUUAUUUUAUUUCAGCUUUUCUUUGAGGGAGCAUCCACUGAAGUUAGUAGACAAAUCUGUCGCACUGGAAAACAGGCCGAGGGAGCAACUCGUAGUUAGCUAGCAGCUUUAGCAGGAGUGGAGGACGCCGCUGUACCAGCAAAGCUUCACUGCAACUCUAUCUCUUAGAACUCGGCAUGUACCAUCGCACCUGCAUAGGCAAGCUUCCAACACCAAUACCCGAUAAGCAGUGAGUGAAAGUGGGCACAAGAUCAGGAAGAGAAGCAGUUGUUGAAGGAUAACUCCUGCAUGAAACACUGUCAACUGGUGGUGAUUAAAGUAGCUUCUUUAGGUCCAUUUCAUUGUACAGAGGUGUUUUUAUUUUCAUAUUUCUGUGGCUGAUUGCCAAAGUUAGAAGAAACUACAUCACAUUCAGAUCUUUUGAAAAAAUACCAACAAAGUCAAAAAUCAACAUAUUACCGUCAUGACAAUCAGUGUGAAAUUUAUCAUAGAAUAUGCAGAUUUUAGAUCCUUAAAGAAACAACAACAGCAAAACUAUAUCAAAACAUCCUUUGCUGAACGCUCAAUACUUCAUGCAUUUUUGCUAAAAUCUUACUAUUUAAAGGACUUUCGUCAACGCAUUCUCGUGCUUGAGCUGCGAGUCCCUGCACGAGACAGUAGCUUAGAAAGUGUUUUAAAUAGUAAGGUGGAAAAUUUAAAAAUGACACCACUUUAUGACUAAAUGGCUUCAGGCGUAGUGAUCAUAAAUUCACUGUGUUCUCUGGGAAGUCCUGUGGGGAGUUUGGGUUACCGAGGCCGAUGAACGAGCGAUCCGGUCGUUAUAUUAAUGUGUCCACAUCCUCGCCAAGUUGUCAACAACGUUGGCUCGUCCCUAGCGAACGAUUUUGUUAUUGAUUUUCAUGGGUAGGAUCUCAAGAAGCAGCCGGUCGGGUGGGAGAGUGAUCGAUUUUUGGGGACCUCAGAAUCCGCUCUUUGCAGACGAUGUGCUUCUGUUGGCUUGUGACAUCCAGCAUGCACUGGGGCAGAAUGUAGUCAAAUGUGAAGUGGUUGUGAUGAGAGUCAGCAACUACAAGUUUGAGUUCUUAGUUCUCUGCAGGAAAAUGGUGGAUGGAUCCUUCUGGGUUGUGGAGUGAGUCACUGUCCAAAGCGAGGAGAGCUAGUAUCUUUUGGUUUUGUUCAUGAGUUAAAUGGAGCCGGAGAUGGACAGGAAGUUCAGUGCAGCGUCAACAGUGAUGAAGGUGUUGUAACAAACCAUCUGAAAGCUUUACGAUAUACCAGUCCAUCUACGUUCUGACCCUUAUCUAUAUUCAUGAGCUUUGGGUAGUGACCGACAGAAUGAGUGGAUACAAGUAGCCCAAAAAUGUUUCCACCUUUAUGAUGGCUGAGCUGAGCCAAAGAGGGAAGGUGAGGAGCUCAGACAUCCAGACGCUGCUCCGUCAACAUUACAUUAUGAUGCGUUCAGGCUCUGUUCAGUGAAAAUGAGUAUUGGUUGACGGUAAAUUAUGAAGUUAUCAUGAUGUGUUCACAUGCAAUCUCGUAAAAUUUAGUUUUUGGUGAGAAAUUUGAAUAAAUCCAGUAGUUUGAAGGAGAUGUUUUCACAUUAAUAUAAAAUAGAUAUUAGAUAUGAAUUAUGAUGUUUAACUUCCUAACACUAGCUCUAAGCAGAUUGUAAUACAUCAUUAAAACUGCUAAUGACUAGAUUUAUUUUAAUCCCUAAAAAUCCUAUAAGAAAGUAAAAGGAUAACGUUUAGAAUGUUUGAUGGUUCACUAACUGGGACGAAUGGAUCCUUGUAGACCAGCUGCUCUCAUCAAACAACAAAGGGAUCUGUAUCUGCAUUAUCAAUGAUUAAUAAUUUGUAUUGUCUGCAAAAAUAACAUCAAAGUUAUAUUUGCUCCCUUUUUUUACUUUUCUGCAGAUCCGAGCCUUGACUCUGAUCCGUGAUACGAUCGGAACCGUGAGUUUACUGAUCCGUCGCACCACUAAAUGCACACAAAUCAGCCGUCAUGUUUUGUGCUGCCCCCCUUUGAUCGUAGCUCUGCAUCAGUAGACGGGGUUUUGGUAACACACCAGGGACAAUCUAUCUAUUUAGAACAUCAUGCAAGUGCAGGUUUGAUUGUAUUCACCCAUCCAGUAAAAAAAACAACAACACUUAUACAGAUAGUUUUAAUUCAUUUGAGCACAGUAUAGGGUAUAUAGGGUUGAGUUUGUUGUUUGCUUGUUCAUGGUUGUUUUAAAGGCAAAUGUAGCGUAUAUUAUUUACUAGUUUUUGCUCUUAUUUAUUUCAAAUGAUUAUUUAGGUUUUUCAAUUCUCUUUUUUUUCAUUAAUUUCAUAAUUUAUUUCAAUACUUGCAUAUGAUCUUGUUUUAUGGACCCUUUAAAUGCUUAAUCAAUGCACUUUCUUCACAGUGUAUUACAGUAUUUUGUGCAUCCACCUUUAAACCGCCCACUAUUCAGUGAUAUACUCCUUUAUGCCAUAAAGUAUUCCACAUUUCACUACAUCCUGCACAGAAUAACUCCCACCAAAGACAUUAUUCAUUAUUAAAACGUGGAAUAUACUCAGUAUGUCUUAUAGAGGAUCCACCUUGUAGAAGAGGAGCGUUGGUAUUUGAUGUUUGGUGCUAUUGAUUUUUCCUUUAGCAUCAGCAGAGCAGGAGAUUCCCGACACAGAUGAUCUAUCAAGCCACUAAAAUGAGACAUUAUCACAUUUAGUGUUUGGAAACAAAUAUCUGUUGAUAGAAAGCUCAGCUCUGUGUGCUUUUACCCUCCACAUGUAUUAAUAUCUCAAGUAUGUAAAUCCCACAAUAUUUCCCCCUCCUUACUGUUAUAAAUAUACAAAUGUUUAUUUAAUAACACUUCUGCUUUACUUGAACAUUAGAAGGUGUGAUAUAAGACUAUGUAUGAUGUGGUGUAGCAACGACACACAGCAGGUUCAAAGAUUUACAACACAGGGAACUGUUACUUUUCAUUUGAUUAAAUGUUGGUUUGAACAUAGAGCCAUAGUGUCCAGCACACAGAGAGAACUUCAGCGUUAAGAUUUAUCGUCUGUGCUGAUUAAUGUGAGAUGUGUUUAAAGGGAGAAGAUAAAAUUGUUUGUAGAAUGGGUGAAUUUUUUGGUAUGCAUGUUAUGUAUUGAUUUAAUUUGUUUGGGUCAUUAUACCUGCUUAAGAUUUAUGGAAUAAUUAACUUUGAUUUACACAUAAAUUAAUUGUUUACCUGUUGUAUUAAUCCAAAUUUCGUUGUUUUUUAAGAUCAGUAUAUUAUGUUAUUUAUUGAUUUAAUGUGUUACUAUACCUGCUUACAGUUAUAGAAUAAUGAACUUUGUUUGACACUAAGUGUUGAUUUAAUUAGUUUUUCCCUGUUGAAUUAUUCUUUUUCUUUAAAGAACAGUAUGUCUGUCAUGUUAUUUAUUUAUUGCUGACUGUCCAACCUGCUACGAAUCUAUUUUAAAGGGACAUUUCACCUCAAAAUCAAAACUACCUGCUUUUUGUGUGAGAUAUCAGCCGUAAAGAUGUCUUCUCUCCAAUAUAACGGGACUGACUGGCAAGAAAGAAUUACAUUUGAAAAACCAAACAUUGACGUCUCUUGAAGAUAAUCCACAGACCUUUUUUUGAGCUGUUUCAUGUAGGAACUAUUUUCUUUUAACCAUAGUUGAAAUUAUAAAAAAAAUAAAGCAAGAAAAUUAAGAUUCAUGACUAAUAAAGCAAAGAAUAAAAAGAUUCCCUGGUAAUUAUUUUGCAAGAAUUUAACUAAAACUGAUAAUCUGCUUUAUUUAUGGUUGUAAAAAAAAAAUAUAUAUAUACAGAAAACUUCUCAUUAGGUGACACAAAUACUAACUUUAGUAGAAAAUGUUGUGGUUGUGAAAAAUGAGACAUUAAUGACAAUAACUCAACCAGCAGUAGUGAUUUAAGUGGUUAAACUCUACAUUUGCAACCACUAUCGUUACAAUUUCUGUCACCACUUUAAUACAUAAUCCAGAGAUUAAUAUGACAUUUUAAGGAAUACUGUCUUUUCCAUAUUUGGCGUUUAUGUAUAUUCUUACUGAGAAUUAGAUGAGAAGAUCAAAGUACCACUCUCAUAGAUAAGAGUUUUAUGAGCACGUUUCUAAAUCUGUUCCUUCAAAGGAAUCCUCUGAGGUGUCAAAAGACAUUCUUAAAAGAUAGGAAAUCAGUCAUUUAAGUAGUUCCGAUACCUCCUAACCCAUUAAUUAACUCCCUCUCUGGUCCUGGAAACCAGUGCAGUUAGUUCAUGUUAUAAAAUAGAACUGAACAAAGAUAAUUAAUGGGUUGAAUGCUCGACAUCUGGCAGCUUUCAGUGCAGCACUUCCUGUUUGAAUGGAGACCUGUGACACUAAAUACAUACCUGGAUAUUUCAGUAAAUGCACUGACUGAGACAUCAUCCGCUGCUAAAAGUAGUGCACCAGAGCUCAUGUGUACCUCAAAAGGCUAUAUUUGUCUUUGAUUAUUGUGUUAUAGAUUUUAGUUGGACUAUAUGUGCAGGAGGUCCAGGUUUCAUCCCCGUUCAUACACACCAGUAGAUCAUUUCUGAAGGAACCUAUAUGUGAAGUAUUCAAUGGAACAGAGUGAGUCAUCUUUAUUAUAUUGGCUGAUGCAGAGAAAGAUCUGUCACUGAAUGGAAAUAAAUGUCAUUCUCCCUCCUCGGUGUGUGAAGCUUUGUUUCAUUCACAGUAGCGUUGGA